AUCUCUGUCUUUCUUUUUUCUUGCAAAUACAGAUAUAUACAGAGAGAGACAAAGUUAGAUUUUGUGAGUUUUUUUUCUUCAUGGGUUUGUCCAAUGGGGAGCAUGAUUUUGAAGAACGAGAGAUUGUAAUGGAGAUACAGCAGCACCAUCAGUAUCAUGCAGUUGAAUUCGAUGUCGAAUUCUGGCCACUUGAACAUCCCAUGGAACCGCAGGACGAAGAUCGCCCCGUUAAAUGUCCGAUACCAGCCUCUUCUUCUAUUAUCAAUGACGGAAGGGCGCGGGAGGAAAGUUAUAGCGAAAGCUUAAGGAAGAGAGCGGAAAUACGGACAAUAGUGAACAAACAAGGCAUUGUUAUUGUGGAUGCAGAGUCCCCUCCGUUCGAAGCGGUGCGUAAAAAACACCAUGCUCUUGCGGAGGGUGAUCGUAUUGUAACGAGAACGUCGACCUCGCUUCCUCCUCUGCCGAGCCAGAAUCUUACCAUCUUUCAUAUGCUGCAACAGUUAGAUGAGUAUGGCUGCUAGCAAGGUACAUAAGAUUAGUAUCCAAAUAAACUAUUUCUCAUCUAUCUUAUAUAUGUUUGAUCAAAUUAUGUAGCUUAAUUCUACAUAGAAAGAAAAUCUUAAGAUGCAGCAAGGAUUUCAUAUUGUACUAGUAUUUUACUUUGUGUUAUAUUGUCCAAUCUAGUCCGGUUAUAGGCAGUGACGGAGCCAGCAUUUGUAACAUUAGAGGGUCAAUUCGCAAUAUGUAUUAUAUGGAGAAGGCAAUUUCAAAAAUAGAAAAGGCCAAAUCAUAAAAUAUAAAAAUUUCAUGCACUAA